AUGGGCAAGAAGGAUAGCUCUAGAAAGAAGAAGAAAAAGGAGCCGCCUGAAGAGCUGGAUCUUUCCGAGGUUGUUCCAACUUUUGGUUAUGAGGAAUUUCAUGUUGAGCAAGAGGAGAAUCCGGUCGAUCAAGACGAACUUGACGCAAAUGUUGACUAUCUGAUUGCCGAGGCGACAAUAUCUAAGUCUAACAAGUUCGGGAAUCUUUUAGCAUCAUUGGCCGUGCCCAAGUCAAAGUCGAAGCCUAAGAAACACCAAAAUGUCCAGCUGAAACUGAACCCAUCAAACAUCCAGGAAAUCCUCAAUGACAUAGACUCAAUAAUUUUUGACGAUGAUAACGAUAAUAAUAGACCAUAUAAAGCUCUGAAAAAGGAGGGCUUCAAGGUUGAAGACCCGUUGUUUGACAAGAAGAAACUAAAUAGAAAAAACCGUCGAUUCUGCAGUAUCUUAGAAUCCGAUUUCAAUGUUAUAGUCAAAUCUGAAAAAGAACUUCAACAGAAAAUAAAAGAGUUUGACCUCAAGAAUUAUGAACCAAAACCGGUUCCAAAAGAAACUGUCACAACAUCGGUUGCCCUACAGACGAACAACCUUUUGUAUAAUAAAGUCAUCUACAAGACAGACCCUGAGCAACACAUUAGCUACUUUGAUCUUACAAAAAUGAGAUUAAAUCAUGAACAUAUAAAAGAGGUUGUCCAAAGCUCUACCAAUUUGAACAAGUCUAUUGUUGAAUGGCUACUUAUCAACCAGUCCGCUUUAGCUAAAGAUGAGGACUACAGAAUAGUUCAGACUAUCCUGGACUUCUCUAUGAGAAAGCUAGAAAACCAUCAUGCUGAGCCCUCCGAAGAGUACUUGCAGAUAAGCCAAGAUAUGAACCUAACAUGGCCAAUGUCGAACUGUCUAUCAAUGAUUCUAAUUUGGGGUAUUCACGAGUUUCUCUCCAAAAAGUGCAAAUAUAUUUCACCCAUUCUCAUUGAUAAGAUCAAGAACAAAUCGAAAAAAACGGUAAUCAUGAAAGCAUUUGGUGGUGGUUUACACCUAUGGGACCUAAAUACUCGGAAACAACAAGUGUCACCGGACGCUUGGAAUAUCCUUGAAAAGUAUCGAAGAAACUACAAAUUUGAAGAUCAAACUUUCAUUAUCAUACUCAGGUUACUUAGUUUCCCUAACUUGAAAGCUUGA